AUGUCUUCGUCAAACUACAACUUCAAACUGGCGCUCGUCACCGGCGGUGGAGGUGGCAUCGGCAAAGCCCUCUCACAGCAACUGAUCAAAGAUGGCAAGAAAGUCAUCAUCGCAGGCCGCACAGAAUCCAAGUUAAAAGAGUCCGCAAGGGAAAUCGGUGCAACGGCAUACUACGUACUCGACACCGGCCAUGUCUCCUCGAUACCCGACUUUGUUGAGAAGAUCACAAAAGAAUACCCAGACCUCGACUGCCUAGUCAACAACGCCGGCGUCCAGCGCCCGCUCGACCUCAAUAAGAUGGACGCAACUGAGUUCCUGCAAAAAGCGGAUCAGGAAGUCGACAUCAACAUCCGCGGGCCCAUGCAUCUGGCGCUUACUCUCCUGCCUCACCUGAAAUCAAAGCCCAAUGCAUUGAUCGUCAAUAUCUCCUCGGUGCUGGGAUUCGUUCCCUUCUCCAUCAUCAACCCCGUGUACAAUGGAACGAAGGCAUGGAUGCACUUCUGGAGCAUGGCGCUCAGAAAACAGCUGAAGAACUCCGGCGUCCGCGUUGUCGAAAUCGCGCCGCCGACUGUGGCUACGGAUCUGCAUAGGGAGAGGGAGGACCCUGAUGACAACAAGAAGGAGAAUAAUAAGGCUGCUUUGAGCGUGGAGGAGUUCAUUGAGGAGACUGUGGGCAAGUGGAAGAGUGGCGAGGAGAUGAUUGCUGCGGGGAUGGCGAACGGUAUUGUUAACAGCUGGGAAGAGAGCGCAACGCCCCAGACCACGGUAACAAUGGCGCCUCGCAAUGCGCUCGCAAACAUCUCCUUCACAGUCGAUUCGGCAUCGGAAGACGACAUGACGCACGACGAGCUCAACGCAAUGCCGACGCCAGACUCCAACACCGAAAACAAAGCACCCGCUCGCAAAGCGCGUGGGAAGGCUGCCCAAUCGACUAAGGCGGUCUCUGCGAUCAAGGCGACUGCUAAGGGCAGGCCUGCGACGCGUGUGACCGAGUCCAAGAAGAAUACUGCUGCCGCAAAGAAAGCACCCGCAAAAGCUGAUCGGAAGGCGCUGGCAGAGCGCAGGAACGGCAAAGAUAGCGACGCCGAAGAGGACGACGAGCUGGACGCCGAAGAGGCUACAGGGGUUACAGAGCCUGUGAAGCCAACUAAGAGAGGCCAACCAGCCAAGGCGAAGAAGGCGCAAGAGGAGGAGGAGGAGCCAGCGGAAGAACGGACAGCGCCAGCAAAGCGAGGGCGCAAAGCAGCCGCCAAAGAACCCGUGGUGAAGAAUGAGACGAAGGUGAAAACAGCAGCAAAGUCACGAUCAACCAAGCGCGGCGCAGAGUCGGAGGUAGAGCCAGAAACUUUCACAAUCCCUGAGACACAGGCUGAGCCAGAGGAGGACGCAAUGGACAUUGAGGACUCGCUUGACGUUGACGAGAUACCCGAGAGCAUGCCGCCUCCCCCACGGCCUUCAGCGCGACCGUCGGCGCGACGCACCGCAACAUGCAGGACACGGCAGCCGUCGGUAACCGGGCGGCGAGCUGGAAGCGUGUCAGACACAGAGCACGACCCUACUAUGCGGCGGAAGGUCGGAGAUCUGGCCAAGAAGCUAGAGGCCAUGACGGCCAAGUACGAGACGCUGAAGGACGUCGCAAGCUCAGGCAAGGAGUCCAGCUUCGAGCAACUGAAGAAGAAGACAGACCAAGUCGCAAAAGACCAGGACGCAGUCAUCAAAGCCCUCAAGCAACAAGUCGCCGCCCUCCAAUCACGCACCUCCGAACUCACGUCCCUCCACAAAUCCACGGCCGCGCUCACAAAAAUAAAUACCACUCUGACUGCCGAGAACAAGAAGCUCGCCGACUGCUUGAACAUUGCGCAGAAGGAGAACACCACACUCAACACCAAGCUCGCAGCUGCGCGCUCGUCAGGCCAGCCCGAAGCCAGGGUCCCCGGCAGCGCAGUGAAAUCACGAACAACGGGUGUUGUGUUGCCGGGUAGCGCCGAGGCAGCCAAGGAUGCAAUGCUGCAGAAGCAGAAGGUGGAGAUGUACUGCGACCUGACGAAUCUGGUCAUUGUCGGUGUGAAGAAGAACGAGGACGACGAAGACGUGUAUGAUUGUCUGCAGACUGGGCGGAACGGAACACUGCACUUCCACCUCACCAUCUCCGAGGGCGGCGAGAGCUACGCCGACACAGAGUUCAUCUACCAGCCGCUGCUGGACGAGCAGCGGGACAAGGAUCUGCUAGAUCUGCUGCCGGAUUACCUUACCGAGGAGAUCAGCUUCCCGCGCGCACAUGCUGCCAAGUUCUUCUCCAAGGUUGUCGAUUCGAUGAGCAAGCGCAUUAUUCUGGAGGAUGAGGAGUAG